UAGACCUUGGGUGACCUUUUCCGCCUGGGAUGCCCCAGCCGGCUUCCCUCGGCUUCCCGAUCCCUCUCGGGAUGCUUUAAAGAUCUGGAAAAGGGGGAAGAAGAGCCUCAGGCAAAUUUUCUGAGCAGGAUGAGUCACUUCCGGUCACAGGCUCGCUCCUCCGGAAGUAGGGCCUGAUGUAAACACGGGAGCCGGGCAGCAAGGCCCGGGAGGUCGGAAAGCCGGGCCGCAGGCGGCACCGACAGCGGGGACCGGGGUUAGGGUCGCGUGGAGAUCAGGAGGGCGAAGACUGCGAGGAGCUGGAGCACUAUCUCACGGGGAGCAAUCCUGGACCAUGACUCAGCAGCCACUUCGAGGGGUGACCAGUCUACGUUUCAACCAAGACCAAAGCUGCUUUUGCUGUGCCAUGGAGACAGGUGUGCGCAUCUACAAUGUGGAGCCAUUGAUGGAGAAGGGACAUCUGGACCAUGAGCAGGUGGGCAGUAUGGGCCUGGUAGAGAUGUUGCACCGCUCCAACCUGCUGGCCCUGGUGGGCGGUGGUAGCAGCCCCAAGUUCUCAGAGAUCUCAGGUUUUCAAAUCUUGGAGCCGUCUCUCCAACAACCCCUUUGGCUUGAGCCUCAAGUGCCAUCUUGUUUUAAGGGUUUUUCUUGUCGAUCCCACUGCGACAUGGCAAGAGUUGUCCUAGCAGUGCUGAUCUGGGACGAUGCCCGGGAAGGCAAGGACUCCAAGGACAAGCUGGUGCUGGAAUUCACCUUCACAAAGCCAGUGCUGGCUGUACGCAUGCGCCAUGACAAGAUUGUGAUCGUGCUGAGGAACCGCAUCUAUGUGUACUCUUUCCCCGAUAAUCCCCGAAAGCUGUUCGAGUUUGACACCCGGGACAACCCCAAGGGGCUCUGUGACCUCUGCCCCAGCCUGGAGAAGCAACUGCUUGUAUUCCCAGGACACAAGUGUGGAAGCCUGCAACUUGUGGACCUGGCAAGCACAAAGCCCGGCACCUCAUCUGCUCCGUUUACCAUCAAUGCCCAUCAGAGUGAUGUGGCCUGUGUGUCCCUGAACCAGCCAGGCACUGUAGUAGCCUCAGCCUCCCAGAAAGGUACCCUCAUUCGCCUUUUUGACACCCAGUCCAAGGAGAAGCUGGUUGAGCUGCGCAGAGGCACUGACCCUGCCACCCUAUACUGCAUUAACUUCAGCCACGACUCCUCCUUCCUCUGCGCUUCCAGUGAUAAGGGCACUGUCCAUAUCUUUGCUCUUAAGGAUACCCGCCUCAACCGUCGCUCGGCGCUGGCUCGCGUGGGCAAGGUGGGGCCUAUGAUUGGGCAGUAUGUGGACUCUCAGUGGAGCCUGGCGAGCUUUACUGUUCCUGCUGAGUCAGCUUGCAUCUGCGCCUUCGGUCGCAAUACUUCCAAGAACGUCAACUCUGUAAUUGCCAUCUGUGUAGAUGGGACCUUCCACAAAUAUGUCUUCACUCCUGAUGGAAACUGCAACAGAGAGGCUUUCGACGUGUACCUUGACAUCUGUGAUGAUGAUGACUUUUAAGAACCCUGGGGGCUGUGCUAGGAAUCUACAGUAGCAGAUUGCAAAGCUGAGCCCUGGGUGGGGAAGUGCUGUGGAAGCCACCAGUCAGCAAGCAUUAAUGAGGCCUGUGCCCACUCUCCACUCAAGCAGAACUACGUCUAAAUAAACAGCUGACUUCUCCCCAAGCACUUUAUGACUGUGUGCCUGAAGAGUCAGGCCAGAAAGCCAGGGAAGCAGCAGAUUCCCUGGAACUCCUACCUUGGAAAAGAUUGCCUGGGACUCAAAGGGAAGGGCUUAAUGAAACCUGGGAAUUUUCAAAAGCUUAUCAGGAAGAGAUGAUCUCUGAUGUGGCGAAUAUGAAUAAAAGGCCCUAAACAGCA